AUGCUGUGCAAGGCGGCCGCAGAGCACGAGGCGGGCGGCGCGCCGGAGGAUGGCGCGGAGCCGGCGGAGCGCGAGCAGCGCGUGCGCCGCUUGUCGCUUGUGAGCGAUGCGGCAGCGUGCGGUGUCUCGGUGGCGAGCGGUGUCCGGCGUGUGACGAAAAUUCCAUUCGGUCUUAAGGAUAAAUUAAAGGAGGAAUUGUGUAGAAUGGAAGAUUUGGGCGUAGUUAGGAAGGUCACUCAUCCAACCUCAUGGGUAAAUGCAAUAGUGUUAGUCGCGAAAAAAGAUGGCAGUAUUCGUGUUUGUUUAGAUCCGCGACCAUUAAACCGGGCGGUGCAACGUGCGCAGUACUCGCUCCCGACGGUACCGGAGCUGGCCGCGCGCUUUCGUGGUGCUACUGUGUUUAGCGUGUUAGAUGCGCGCUGUGGUUUCUGGAUGGUUCAAAUAGACGAUGUGAGCGCUGAUCUCUGUACGUUUGGCACACCAUUUGGUCGAUACCAAUUUCUGCGUUUACCAUAUGGUAUAAACUGUGCGCCAGAAGUAUUUCAUGCGAAGCUUAGGCAGCAUUUAGAAAAUUUAGAAGGAGUUGAAUCUUUUAUUGAUGACAUAAUUGUAUGGGGCCGUAGUAAAGACGAGCACAACCAGAGAUUAGAGUGUCUUCUGCGACGUGCUAAAGAUAUUGGCAUAAAAUUUAAUCGCGAAAAAUGCAAGUUUGGUGUAUCAGAAAUUACUUACUUGGGUCACAAGUUUGACGCGAAUGGUAUGCGGGCAGACGACUCCAAAGUAAAAGCUAUAAUGGAUAUGCCCUAUCCUACUGAUAGGAAGGCUCUCGAGAGGUUUUUGGGCAUG